CACCUGCUUUAUUAUUAUUAUUUUAAAAGGGCGAAAAAAUUCUACCAGAUUCUCACGCGUAGAAUAAAGAGUCCUAAAUCUGGAUUAUUGGGCAGGGGGAAAAAAACCUCUUUCUUUCCCCCUCUCUUCACUGCGACUGACUUGGCUUCGGGGGAAAGGGAGGGAAGACAACACAAAGUUUGGAAUCUGCUGCUGAGAAGACCGAUUUUGUCUUGGCCCGGCUGAGGAGGAGAACGCGAGGAAAAGGUUCCAAAGACCCCCGGCCCGGCCCCGGCCCGCGACGAUGUUCCCCCGGCUGUUCCGACAGUGGAGCUUCCUCGUCUUCGUGCUCAGCUACGGAGCCCCCGCGGCGGGGAGAUCGCUGGAAGGGAACCUCCGCAGAAUCAAAAGAACAGUAUCAGAAUAUCAGCUGUUGCAUGACAAAGGCAAGUCUUUGCAAGAUAUACGAAGACGAAAUUUCCUGCAAAAUUUAAUAGAAGGGGUUAACACAGCUGAGAUUCGAGCCAUGUCAGAGGUCUCGCCUAACCCUAAACCUUCUACCAUCGCAAAGAACUAUGCUGUCCGGUUUGGCGGCGAUGAUGAGGGCAAAUAUCUGACUCAGGAGACCAACAAAGCUCAGACGUACAAAGAGCAGCCCCUCAAGACACCUGGGAAGAAGAAGAAAGGGAAGACUGGGAAACGUAAGGAGCAGGAGAAGAAAAAAAGGAGAAUCCGGUCUGCCUGGCCCAGCUCGAGGGGAUCUGGCAGUGGAAUGGCAUGGAUCCCCCACUGGGACACCUUUGGUACUACACGUGUCAAUUCAAGGAGGCGUUGACAUCUUCAGCUGAGGUCUUUGGAAAACACAUCACAGUAUUCUGUAAUACUGAACAUAUGGAAAGUAUUAGAAGUAUUUAUUAUCUGUAAAUACUGUAAAUAUAUCAAACUAAACCAUUGGCCCCUGAUGCUUUCCAAAACUGCACAUUUGAACUUUGUGAAUAUUGUUUUAUUUUGUGCAAAGACAAUUCUUGUUGUCACAAUUACUGUAAUUUAUUUUGUUGAAUAAUGUAUUUAUUUUCAUGAACUUUUAUCUUGGUGCUGCUGACUUUCUAUAAUUUUUUGUAACAUGCACUUUAGAUACACUUUUUAAGUAUGUGGGUAAAAAAUAAACAAACGAUUCCA